ACCCAUAAAAGAAGAGAAUCCAUUUCUCUUGUUGUUUUUUUUUUUUGUUUCUGUGUGUUUUUGUGGAUUGUGCCCAUCAAAAUCGAUUUGCUGUUUCGCACCAGUCACCCAAAAGUCGCCUCCUUUCAUCUUCGGUUUCUUCUUCUCUUUAUAACCCCCAAAGGGGAAAGGGAAAGAGACCCAUCACAGGGAGAGAGAGAGAGUAGGAAAACCCUAAACCAAGAGGAGCAGCAGAAGUCAUGUCGGGAGGUAUUGCACGCGGUCGUCUCGCUGAGGAGCGCAAGUCAUGGCGGAAGAACCAUCCCCAUGGUUUUGUGGCGAAGCCGGAGACUUUACCUGAUGGGACUGUGAAUUUGAUGGUGUGGCAUUGCACAAUUCCGGGCAAGACCGGUACUGACUGGGAGGGUGGGUACUUCCCACUCACACUUCACUUCAGUGAAGACUACCCUAGCAAGCCUCCAAAGUGCAAAUUCCCAGCAAAUUUCUUCCACCCGAAUGUAUAUCCAUCUGGAACUGUCUGUCUAUCAAUCCUUAAUGAGGACAGUGGUUGGAGACCAGCAAUUACUGUGAAGCAAAUUCUUGUGGGCAUUCAGGAUCUACUGGAUCAGCCAAAUCCCUCUGAUCCUGCACAGACAGAAGGCUAUCACCUCUUCAUUCAGGAUUCUACAGAGUACAAGAGAAGGGUUCGCCAGCAGGCCAAGCUAUACCCACCUCUGGUCUAAUGCAAAACUGGCCUUCUACUCCCGGAAACUGCUGGUGCUUUGGUAAAUGUCGGUUGCCGCCUUUUGUUUGAAGUAUGUUAUGUCAAAGAUCGUUGUUUGGAAGUGUUAGUUAGCAUAUCAUGUAUGGACUACAUGAUUAAGCUAUUUUCCCUGUAUCAGAUUUGGAUUAACUUGGGUUAAUGUAUGUCACUAUGCGAGCGGUCCAGUAAUACUCAUUAAGAAACAUAAACUUACAUGUUGGGGCAAUGCCAAUUGUGUUAAUUUAUGAGUUUGCCAA